AUGGGUAAUAACAAUUCGAAUGAGAAUAAACCAGAAAUCGUGCAAAAAAAAUUCGAAGAAGAGGAACAUUAUUUGGCAAGCGACGUUGACUUUGUUGGUAAAAAUUAUUCAUAUCAUUUUAUAAAAAGUCAUUUAUUUCAAAGUAAUUUUUCCGCACCGAUCGAGGACAGACUAAUUCAAGGAGGAUGUAAAGUACUUGAUGUUGCAUGUGGUUCUGGAACAUGGUUAUUAGAUUUAUCAACUAAUUAUGAGAAUUCUCACUUUUCGGGACUUGAUUUUCAAGCGAUAUAUCCACAAGAGAUAAAACCUCCGAAUUUAGAUUUUAUCAAAGCAGAUAUAUUGGAUGGAUUACCAUUCCCUGAUAAUGAAUUUGACUUUAGUAACCAAACCAGCGAUUUAGGUCCAAUUCUUUACAAAUUACUUAAUGGAUUGCGCAUGCAUCUCAAAAAACAAAUGGUGGAUACGGAUGUGAUGUAUGAUCUUGAGCCAAUGCUUAAAUCACAACCACACAUAACGCAAGUUCAUCGAGAUGAAAGAGAGAUUAUUAUGGGUCCUCAUGGCGGUAAACUAGGUUUGGCUUUUCAAGAAGUAUAUGAAAUAUUUUCUAGCACAGAAAAGACAAUUGAAAUUAUAAGUUCUGAAAUGGAAGUUUCUAAAGAAGAAUAUAAACAAAUGAUAGGAAAAAAACUUACAAAAGAAAUUAGUGAAAUUGGGCCAAAGUUUUAUAUUUUUAGACUAUGGACUCAAAAAGUAAUUAAUUGA